AUGGCAUCUCUUCCACGCCUUCAUCGUGCCCGCACGAGUCUAUCCGCCAUCCCAUCUCUACGCACAUCACAUCAACCCGGAGCAGUUGCACCAUACCACGCCCCGGCCAACAGCCUCAGCACCAGCCUCAGCACCAGCACCAGCACUGCCAGAAGCUCUCCCAUCUCAAGCUCAUGCUUAAUUUCUAACUCGGCUACCAUCUCCCAAGCUCAAACCCGGACACCAACACCUCUCUGCAUCCGCGCUCGCGCUCGCUCUCAUCUCCACGCUCAACCCCAGAUCCAAAGUGCCCUCCACCCCUCGAUCCGCACCUACCACUCCUCUCUGCACCCUCGACCCCCGACUCAUGAAUACACCAACAGCCAAGUCGCCAUUCUCAGUGCCUCGCUCGCGCACAUCCCCACGGAGGGUUUCACGCGAGCGGCGCUGACGGCGGGUGCGCGCGAUGCCGGAUUCCUCGAUGUUUCGGUGCAGCUUUUGCCGAGAGGCGAGUUUGAUCUUGUGCUGUUUUGGCUGGCGAGUCGGAGGGGCUUGUUGAGGGCGAAGGUGGAGGAUGGGUGUGUUUUUGGCGAGACGGCUGGCACGCCGGCUGGGGAUCGAACGGGGACGGGGAAGGGGAAGGGGUCGGGACUGAGUGUGGAUGAAAAGGUGCGGAUCUUGAUCAUGGAGCGAUUGAGGAUGAAUAAGGAUGUGAAGGGUGUUUGGCAGGAUGCCCUGGCCCAGAUGUCCCUCUUAGGAAAUAUCCCACUCGCAUUCUCCGAGCUACACGCCCUUUCAAAUGACAUUCUUAAUCUAGCCGGUGACACCGCUGUCGAUUCGACGUGGUAUGCGCGCCGCAUGGCCAUCGGUGCCAUCUACGCCAGUGCCGAAAUGGCCAUGACGCGGGAUCCGACGCCCGACAUGGUCGAGACGGAGGCCUUUGUGAAGAGACGGUUCGAGGAUAAGCAGGCGUUGAAGGAUAAGGUGGAAGGGGUUGGAUCUUGGGUUGGAUUCUGGGGCAAUACGGUGGUUGGGGUGGGCCGAAGUUGGGGGUUGAAGAUUUAA